AUGGUUAAAUUUCUGAUGAUCAUCGCGCUCGGGAUUGCCCUAGCGGUGAUAGCUGAUUGCAAAGUUGAACCGCAAAACGAUGACGGUAAAUGCGUAAUUGAAGAUAAUCCAUUCAGCGGAUUUUUGCAAUGGCUCUCUGAAGAGACAUCUGCACCUUCAGUGGGCAAAGUUGUGUCAUUUGAUUUGUACUCCCGAGAAAUGAGGAACAAAUUUGAAUGGAAUGGCAAAGGCAUGUCCACUGGUUUCAAACCUGAGAGGAAAACAGUCUUCAUUGUUCAUGGAUUCAAGCAGCAUGGAGAUAAGUGGUGGAUUAAAGAUAUGAUCGAUGCAUAUCUUGAACUGGAUGAUGUCAAUAUCAUUGUCGUAGAUUGGAAAUGCUAUUCGGAUGUUGUUCUUUUCCAGUACUACAAAGCUGUUGCAAAAUGUAAAGUUACUAGCAGCGAAAUAACAAAAUUCAUCAUGAGAGUUGUAGAAACUUAUCCCCAAGCCCAAACAUGGGGCAACAUUCACAUGAUAGGACACAGCCUAGGUGCACAUGUAUCUGGAAUGACUGGCAGGCAACUGAUAUCAUUGAAGAGCAAAUGGAGGGUGGCAAGGAUAACUGGUUUGGAUCCAGCAGAACCGUGUUUUGCAAGCACGGGUCUGGCAUUGAACAAAAAUGAUGCGCCAUUUGUUGAUGUCGUUCAUUCUAAUGGAGGCACACUGGGUCUCAUGAAUGCAAUAGGUCAUAUGGAUUUCUACCCAAACGGAGGACAACGACAACCAGGAUGUUUCUACAGUGGGAUUUUCCCUGCAAUCUGCAAUCAUAUCCGCGCAUUUCAAUACUUCAUCGAGUCGUUGCAACUGGUAGCUCAGAAAUCAAAAAAAAAAUUCUGGGGUCACAAGUGGAACUUCUCCCGAAAUCAAGCUAUCUCAUUACUUGGCCGGGCAUGUAAUAGUAAUGAGUGUGUGGAAAUGGGUAUUAAUGCGGAUAAAUAUGAGAGAAAAGGGAUAUUCUUCGUCACCACCGCAAGUGCUGCACCUUACGUGGAUCCUGGACUACUAGAUCUCGUGGCCAUUAAAUUAAUCAUGUGAAUCUUCUUUUGGAUGGGUGGGAUAGAAAUGAAGUGUAUCCUCUUUCCACGAAUAUACUCAUGUUUUCAAUUUAAUUAAAUUACAUUCUG